GAUCGCCCCUGGAGCGGAGAAGCCUAUUUCUCCAUACGCCGUUCGCUUCAGUCAGGCGAUAGGCGUGUGCGUGAGAAAGACAUUUCCCGUCCGUUGUCUUAAGUGGGCGGACGUUGGGAGAGAAUACAUUGAGGUCGUCAAGGGCGACCUCCAGCGAUUGUUUGUGCUUGAUUUCAAUGAUCAAGCAAUGAACAGGUUUGUUGAGCAUCAGAUGCUCACGACCUUUAAAGAGUUCCGGGCUAACUGUCAUAGACAUUUCAAAAAGUACAGCGACCCGGAGGAGGCUCGUGCCAACCCACCAAACGCAUUGGUUGGACGUGAUGAGGAUUGGCACUUCCUCUGCGACCAUUAUAUCAGCCGUGCAUUCCAGAAGCAAUCACGAACAAACAAGGCUGCUAGACAGAAGCAGCCUUACAAUCAUAGUAGCGGGUCCAAGUCGUUUCUACAACGACAGUAUGAGCUCGCUGAAAGAAGAGGGCAGCCGAUCGAUCGUGUGGAGUUGUUCCGAGAAACACACGUUCGAGCUGGGACAUUCGUGUCGCAGGCCGCCGAGGAUGCGCAUAAUCAAAUGCUGGAACUCCAAUCCCAGCCUACCCCAGAGGGUAGUCAGCCACUCUCUGAGGAUGAGAUAUGCGAUCAGGUGUUAGGUAGACGACCAGGCUACUCAAAAGGCCUUGGUUGGGGACCCAAGCCGAAGGCCCGCAGAACGGCAAGUGCAAGUAGUUCGUCGACAUCUUGUUCGCAGUCCACACAAAAAGAGAUUGAAUUACAAGCUAAACUUCAUGAAGCUUUGGAACGGAUUGAAGUACAAGAUAGAAAUCACCAAGCAUUAGCUUCACAAGUGGAAGCUAUGAAAAAGAUGAUUGAAGACCUAACUCGUGCACAACAGGGACCACCACAUGAUCCCUAGCUCUGCGGACCGAAGGUGUAGAAUGACGCGCAUACGCACCUCGUUGGGAGAUUGGGUCUUAUGUUUAUGUUUUUUCUAUAUUGAGAACUAUAUUUUCUUGUAGUCAACUUAUUCGUAUUAUUAAUUUUAAUUCUAUUUUUUUAA